CCGAGCACCAGGGCCGUGUGUGGGGGGAAAGUUUGGAGAAUGAGUAUUUGGGCUUGGUUUAUCAUCGUGCCUAUAAUCAAGAUCUGCAGACCUGAGGGUAUAUUCUGCAGUUCCCUAAUGAACCCAGGGAACCCUCCACCGUAUUCGGGCCCUGGUCCGACGGCCCCGUACCCACCUUAUCCACAACAACCAAUGGGGCCUGAAGCCUACCCUCCAGGACCUAUGGGAGGACCUUACCCCCCUCCUCAGGGGUACCCCUACCAAGGAUACCCACAGUAUGGCUGGCAAGGCGGACCUCAGGAGCCUCCUAAAACCACAGUGUACGUGAUGCAACAGGAAAGGAAGACGGACGACACCGGGUGUCAGGCGGCCUUGGCUGCGUGCUGGGCCGCCCUCUGCUGCUGCUGCCUCCUGGACAACUUGGACUGAGCAGCCAAGACCCAAGUGCUCCCUCCAGGCGUGCUGCCUCCUGUAACUGGAAUAAACAACUAGUGCCGCACAA